AUGGCAGGGUCCGGCCAGCUGGCAUUCCUGGUGACCGUCUCUCUCCAGUCCCUCGUCCCCUCUGUGCUCGGUAAAGACGGAAACAGCACAUUGGAACCCACGUCUUCCUCUUCUCCGCAUCACCUUUCAAGCUCGGAACUAGCCGCUGCCAUCGCCGUGCCGACGGCCUUUUUCGGGCUGCUGCUGAUCGGCCUCUUGGUCUUCGUGGGAUUCAAAGUCCGGGAGAAGCGCCAGACGGAAGGCACCUACCGGCCGAGCAGCGAGGAGCAGGUGGGCGCCCGCGUGGCGACGAACGCCAACCUCAAGCUGCCUCCCGAGGAGCGACUCAUCUGAAGCGGG